GCUGCGGCUCCGCCCCUACCGGCGCCCCGCCCCGUCCGGCGCGGCCUCGCUUUCUCCGUUUUUCAGGCGCCCAGGACCCCCCAGCCCACGGGCUCGCCAGCUCUUCGCUCUGACCAUGGGCCCUGCCGAUCGACCCUCGCUGAGAUCGCCACCGUCGCCGCCACCUCCUCCAUCGCCGCCGUCGCCGCUGCUACUGCUGCUGCCCCUACUGCCUCUGUGGUUGGGCCUGGCGGGGCCCGGGGCCGCGGCGGAUGGCAGCGAGCCGGCCGCCCGGGCGGGACGGGGCGGAGCCCGCGCCGUGCGAGUAGACGUGAAGCUGCCGCGGCAAGACGCCCUGGUUUUGGAGGGCGUCAGGAUAGGUCCUGAAGCUGGUCCCGAGCCGCUGCUGGGCGGUCGCUUGCUGCUGAUGGAUGUCGUGGAUGCUGAACAAGAGAUACCUGUAGACAGCUGGAUUGCAGUGGCGUAUGUGGGCAAAGAGCAGGCUGCCCAGUUCCACCAGGACAAUCAGGGCAGUGGCCGGAAGGCAUAUCCCAAGGCCCUGGUCCAGCAGAUGCGCCGUGCCCUCUUCCUGGGAGCCUCGGCCCUGCUUCUCCUCAUCCUAAACCAUAGUGUGGUCCGAGAGUUGGACAUCUCCCAGCUUCUGCUCAGGCCAGUAAUUGUCCUCCAUUACUCUGCCAAUGUCACCAAGCUGCUGGAGGCACUUCUGCAGAGGACCCAGGCUACUGCUGAGAUCACCAGUAGAGAGUCCCUGUCUGCCAACAUCGAGUGGAAGCUGACAUUGUGGACUACCUGUGGCCUCUCCAAGGACAGCUAUGGCGGCUGGCAGGACCUGGUGUGCCUGGGAGGUGGUCAGGCCCAGGAGCAGAAGCCCCUGCAGCAGCUAUGGAAUGCCAUCUUGCUUGUGGCCAUGCUCUUGUGCACAGGCCUUGUGGUUCAGGCCCAGCGGCAGGCAUCAAGACAAAACCAGCAGGAUCCUGGAGGCCAGGGGGAUUUGUUCAAACGCCGUGUGGUUCGGAGACUAGCAUCCCUCAAGACCCGGCGCUGCCGGCUGAGCAGAGCAGCACACAGCCUUCCAGAGCCUGGCACGGAGACUUGUGCUGUGUGUCUAGACAACUUCUGUAACAAGCAGUGGCUCCGGGUACUGCCCUGCAAGCAUGAGUUCCACCGAGACUGCGUGGACCCCUGGCUGAUGCUACAGCAGACCUGCCCACUGUGCAAGUUCAAUGUCCUGGGGAACCACUACUCAGAUGACUAACUGCCCAAGUGGAGCGUCUGCACUUUGGGAUGGACUCUUCCCAGCCUCCACUACAGGAUAGUGGGUUGGACAGACCAGCUAGCCCUGUGGGCAAAGUCAAGGCCUCACUGUACCCAUGAUGGGUAGGAGGGACUCACAGCCCCGGGCUGAAGACACAGAGCCAGGACCCAACAGGCAAGGAGAAAUAUUAAAGCCCUUCUCUGCAACCCUGGGA